GUCUGAAGAGCAUAUAAUUGAGUUUAUACCAUUUGUCAUGAAAUUUUUAUUGAAACGAAGCUUUGUGCAAAUGUGUAUUUUAAUAAAUUGUCAGAUGUAAGAUUUAUUUGGGAGUAAUUUUGAAUAAGUUAAUAAUCCCUUUUAUGGAUAAUUAGUUCUUCAUAUAAUUAUUGAAGUAGUUCUUUUUUUUUUCUUUUUCUUUUUUGCCAAUAUUUAGGCAGGGAGAGGGGGUGCAAACUCACACGCUUUACAAUGUCAAGCCUCGAACUUAAGACCAGCUAGGUGGAGACAAAGCUCCUUACCACUACAUUAGUAGGUCACAGCGGCACGGACAAUCACUUAAGCAGUCAUAAGUAAUACGCGUAAUGUAAAUACACACCAUCAACAUAAUAAGCAAUUUAGCUCACCAUAAAUUGAACAAUAACCCAAACUUGGAUUAGUAACGCUUUGACGUUUAUAAAGCCAACACAUAUUCCUUUCUUUUUUAUACCCACCCACGCAUAUAUAAUGGCAUGUUCAAUUCUCUAACACACACAUAUUCACCGUCACCAGAACAAAAAUGGCUACGUUUGCAGUACCGCAGCAGAUCCCUCCGGUGGCUGAAGACUGUGAAAGGCUUCGUAAAGCUAUGCAAGGGUGGGGAACAGAUGAGAAUGCGAUCAUAUCCAUAUUGACCCAUAGGAAUGCGAGGCAACGAUGUUUGAUACGACAAACUUAUGCUGAGAAAUAUGGAGAGGAUUUUUUCAAACCUCUACAGGACGAACUUUCUGGUGACUUUUUGAGGGCAGUGCUUCUAUGGACACCACAUCCAGCUGAACGUGAUGCAUUGCUAGCUAAUGAAGUUACCAAGAAGAAACAUUCAGCUGCCCAUAAUCAUUUGGUUAUAAUGGAAAUAGCUUGUACAAGAACUUCGCGAGAGCUUUUCCAGGUGAGAGAAGAUUAUCAUGCUCGCUACAAGAGAUCUCUCGAAGAAGAUAUUGCUUACCACACAACUGGAGAUUUUCGCAAGCUAUUGGUACCUCUGGUGAGUACUUACAGGUACGAGGGAGGUGAGGUUGAUAUGACGGUGGCGAAUUCAGAGGCUAACAUACUUCAAGAGAAAAUAUCUGAAAAGGCUUAUAAUCAUGAUGAGCUCAUCAGAAUUCUAACUACUAGGAGCAAAGCACAACUGAAUGCAACAUUCAAAGUCUAUAACGACCAAUUUGGCCAUCCUCUCAACAAGGACCUGAAGAAAAAGCCAAAGGAUGAAUACCUUGGGUUAGUGAGGGCCACCGUACAAUGCUUGACAUGCCCGGAAAAGUAUUAUGAGAAAGCUCUCCGGCUGUCGAUGAAGGGCCUCGGAACGACGGAGGAGACUCUGACCAGAGUUGUAGUAACUCGAGCGGAGGUUGACAUGAAGAGUAUAAUGGAACAGUAUCAACUCAAGAAUAGUGUCCCUUUGGUUCAGGACAUAAAGAGUGAUACUUCUGGGGACUACUUGGCCACGUUGCUUGCCUUGGUUGGUCAAUCAUCAUCAUGAUGCGUGAGAAUGAAAAUUAUACUAAUAAUAAUCAUAAUAAUAUACGUUGCAAAACAAAUUGUUAAUUUUCUAAUAAUAAUAAAUCUUCUCUCUUUUUCAUUUUUUAUCAAGCUUGUCUUAUAAUUCAAACUAGCAUUCGGUCUAGUUGUAUUUGUCUCCAAUUAGUUGGAGGAGAUUUUAAGUUCGACUCACAUAAAUAACAUUUGGUCUUGUGGGCCUGUAGCUUCAUUGUGGAUAUAUUGACUUGUGAACCAUGAAUUUUUAGAUAGUUGGGUUAG